CCCGGAUCGAGCAUGAUCAAUGGCCAUGCUGGAACUGAAACUUGACUCCUAUUCUCACAUGAAAGAAAUCUAGAAGGCUCGUAACGCAAAUCCUUUGGGCUGGUGACAACGUUUUGGCGCGCGGAUUCAUGGCCUGGUUCCGCACCCUACCUAGGUAUGAACCGGGCACCCCCCUCACCAGAAUACCGCGACGGACCGACGCAGAUGGCAAGUAAAGACGCAGGGAAGGGGGUUCGGAUUACCCUUGCUUGCAACGCGUGCCGGUCCAGGAAGCACAGGUGCAGUGGCGAGAAACCGCAAUGCGCACAAUGCGCCUCAAAUAACGUCACGUGCACUUGGCCUGCACAGCAGAAGAGGGGUCCACCCAAGCAUUACAUCAACAGCUUGGAGGUCCGACUGUUGGAGACGGAAGCAGUGCUGUUAUCGCUACUCUCUCAGGUAUCCACCGAGCAGCUGAAAGCCAGCUUCGAAUCAUUGCCGCCGACCGGGCGGACAUAUAACGAUCCGAACUGCCAACCAGAGCAGAAUACAGUGUACUUCUCCGAAUUCAAGCAAGACGUCUGCAAGCCAAGUUACUGGAGCUCUUUUCCUCUGGACUCGGACGAGAACGUGCGUCGGUGGUGGGAGGAUAGAAUGUCUCGGGUACGUCCGGGGCAACUCGAAGCAGACUUCGUACCUGGCAUGCCCUUGCAUGAAUCAUUAGAAUCGGAAGCGCGACAGGGUGGGUUACCUGGGCUCGGAGUCUCGCUCCCAGUCGACUCGGGACUGUUGCAGCACACAGGCUAUGCGGAACAGGCGGGACUGAAUUCGACGGGUACCGAAAUGAAUGGACCAGUGACAACCCUCAAUCAAAGCACCUCCAGACAUGGUCCUAAUGUAGACAUGCAUCCUGGGGCAAGCAUGAUGCGAAACGAAGACGCGAUAAGUACAACCACCUCAGAGGUCUCUGAAACUCUUCUUUCGCCGGAUACCGGUUCGGGUGCCUUGAUACAGAUCCCGGAUGAGUUCAAGCAGGAAUUUUUAUGGUGACUAUUCUGUGAAUUAGAAUCUUGGCGUGCCUGCCGUAUCAGGGCGAUGAUAUUUCGGUUACUGCUUUCUAUGUUCCUUCCUAAUUCACGUAUUACGAUCUUGACACAACGCGAAUUCGAUUGUUGGACAGUAUCAAUGAACUUUUUCGGAG